AAAACAUCACAAAGUCCAAACUGACCACCAUCUCCGCCAACCCCCUCCUUUUAUUUUGACCUUUUCCCGCAUCUAAUUUCCUCCAAACUCUGACCCGACCCAUAUUGAGAAAAACCCGGCCCAGAUUGAAAAAAAACCCACAGUUUGAUUGUGUUUUUGGUACGUCUCGAACGAAGGGAUCAAAAAUCAACUGCUUCUUUAAUCUUUCUGCUGUCAAAGUUAGUAAAAGGAACGUUGUAACGAGAUGGAUGGCAGUGAGAACCAGGUUGAUUCCAAAAGAAUUGUUUUCGUGACUGUUGGCACAACAUCAUUCGAUUCUCUUGUUAAAACUGUUGACACUGACCAAGUAAAAGAUGCGUUGUUAAAGAAAGGGUACACUCAUCUUGUCAUUCAAAUGGGUCGUGGAUCCUAUGUCCCUAACAAGUCUAGUGGUGAAGAUGGAUCACUGGUUGUAGAUUACUUUACUUUUUGUCCAAGCAUUGCAGACUAUUUGAGAUCAGCAUCUCUUGUUAUAAGCCAUGCAGGUUCAGGGAGCAUAUUUGAGACGCUCAGGCUGGCCAAACCUUUGAUAGUGGUAGUCAAUGAAGAUCUUAUGGAUAACCAUCAAAGUGAGCUUGCUGAAGAACUAGCAGAGAGGAAGCAUUUGUUUUGUGCCCGGCCUCAAACGCUCUACCAGGUCAUUGAAUCACUUGAUAUAGAUUCCAUUGUUCCAUAUGAGUCAGGUGAUGCUGCCCCCGUUGCUAAACUAAUUAAUCGGCAUCUGGGUUUUAGUGCUGAUUGAUCACAACCUGUUCAUAUGUUUUACUCGUUUACCGUCGUCUCUGUAGAUCUAUUUUGCAACAAACAUCUUAAAACAUCAGUGGUGAGCAGCAAUACUUCCUAAAAGUUUCAUUAAUUAUUACCGGAGUUUUUUGGUU